UCAUAGGCUGGUUUCCUUUGAAUUACAAAGGCAAAAGCGCUGGCGAAAUCUAUUUGGAACUGACGUUCUACUCAUCCAGCAAACCACGUGCACGCAAACUUCUACCAGCAGAGCCACAGCAGCGCAGAAAUAACAAACCUUUACCUGCACCACCACCAGAACCACCUCACCUUAUGUAUAGGCAUUCUAUCAACAUACCACCAAGCCAACAGAACCCAAGCAUGCGACCUCCUCCUAUCUCCACUGGAGGCCCUUCGUACGCGGGUCCGGCUUCAGGUGGUUAUCCGCCAAGCGCCUCGGCCUACCCUCCCCCACAGCACCACCGACCUCCACCACAGCAGUAUCAGCAGCAGCAGCAAGCUAUGUAUCCACCUCUUACUUCAACUACAUUACCGCCUGCCGGGUUUAUAGAUCCUUCCUCUCGCCCAGGUGUGUCUCCUUCCAUGGGCAACAACUACGGUGGCUUUCCUACUCCAGUUGUUACUCCGAGACUCCCGCAACAGCAACCUGCCUAUUCAGCUUAUCCGCCCGCCGCCCCUCAGUCACCUAUGUACCAGCCUAGUAUGUUGCAACAGCCUUAUGAACCUCAACAACCACUUUACUCCCAAGGCUAUGAUAACCCGAGUGGUUAUCCAUCUAGAUUGCAAAGACAGAACACGGUUUCUGAACAGAACUAUGGCUAUCCACCACAACAGGCUGGCUAUCCACCACAGCAGUCUGGCUACCCACCUCAAACGGGCUAUCCGCCGUCAACAGGCUAUCCACCAGCAACAGGAUAUCCUCCUUACUAGAUAUUCGGGCACCUUAUUAUUUCUGUGUAAUUUUUUUCCCAUGUAAACUGACUGGUUAUUUUUUUUUUUUCAUACUUUUCCAGUAUGUCAUGUUUGUGUUAUUAUUAUUAUAUUUUAGUAUGCUCGUUUACCUUUCGGCAAUAGACCCCACAAAAG